AUAUCAGAAAAACAGCAUAGUAUGCGCCAUCUGUGGAUCAAAUGGAUAGCUAUCAAAUUGUGGCUCAUUACGGCUGAUGGAGGAGGUAUCUUACCCACAAAAGCACCACUAUUCCAGAACAAACCUUUUGUAGUUCUUUGGAACGCACCAACUGAAAAAUGCCGCCUGCGCUACAACGUGGAUUUACAUCUCGAUGUUUUUGACAUCAUAUCAAAUGCCAAUGAGACUCUAAGCGGGUCCAGUGUGACAAUAUUUUAUCAUAAUCUCUUAGGGUACUAUCCCUAUUUUUCUGAUUUGGGGGACCCCAUCAAUGGAGGGAUACCACAAAAUGAGAACCUUACCAAGCACCUCACCAAAGCCAAGACGGAUAUUAAUAAAUACAUCCCAGUGAGGAAGUUCCGCGGACUUGCAGUCAUUGACUGGGAAAACUGGAGGCCACAGUGGGACAGGAACUGGGGCAAUAAAACCAUUUACCGAAAUAAGUCUCUGGAACGGGUCAUGCAACGCCAUCCACAGUGGCCGGAGCACGUAAUCAGAAGAGUAGCUAAGAAUGAAUUUGAAAAAGCUGGAAAAAAUUUUAUGAAUAGAACCCUCCUUCUGGCAGAACAUAUACGGCCAAAUGGGCUGUGGGGUUACUAUCUAUACCCAGACUGUUAUAAUUAUAAUUACAAGGACAAUCCAGCUGCAUACACAGGAGAAUGUCCUGUUAUUGAAACAAAACGGAAUGACGAGCUGCUUUGGUUGUGGAAGAGAAGUACUGCUCUGUAUCCUUCCAUCUACCUCGAGUCCCUCCUGAAGUCAAGCCCAAAUGCUUUGAAAUUUGUGCGCUAUCGGGUUCAAGAAGCAUUACGUAUUGCAUCGAUGGCUAGAAAUGACUAUGCCUUACCUGUUUUUGUUUACUCCAGGCCAUUUUAUGCCUACACGUUUGAUGUUUUGACAGAGGAAGAUUUGGUGCACACUAUUGGUGAAAGCGCUGCACAGGGGGCAGCAGGAGUUAUCCUUUGGGGAAGCAUCCAAUAUGCCAGCUCCAGAGGCAGCUGUACAGUUGUGAAAAAUUACAUAGAUGGCGCCUUGGGACAUUACAUCCUUAAUGUGACCUCUGCAGCCAAGCUCUGCAGUAAAGUUCUCUGUAAGAAGAAUGGGCGAUGCAUUCGUAAAACUGGCAAAACAAAUGCCUAUUUGCACUUGCCUUCUGACAGUUUUAAGAUGAGCCGCAGUGCCUCUGGCAAAGGGAGGAAAAUGCGCGUGAUUGGGAAAUUGACAAAGGAAGACACAAAGAGCAUGAGACAGAAAUUUAGGUGCCAGUGUUACAAGGGGUGGGCAGGGGAUUUUUGUGAGCUGCCCGUUUUCCGAAAAAAGGGCAAAUAUAUUGGUGAUACAAGCAAAGCGAAUCUAUUCCCAUAUUCAAAACUUGACUACCAAAAUCUUGUUGAGACAUGGUAUUCCAGUCCAACAGUAGCCAAAAGCCAGAAGGACUUUUAUUAA